UUAUCUCCAAAUUAUACCUAACAAGAAAUUACCUACAAAACAAGCUGUCAUCUACCUUUUACAAUACUUUUUUUUGUUCUCUUCUUCACCUUAAUUUGAGUUCUGUGUGUCAUGUGAGAGUAAAUUUUUUUUUAUAAAUGAGGUCCAAGAAGAGAAUUGUUCUUGCCAUUGCCUUUUAUCUCCCUAAUAAUCUUUCCUAAACUAUCACUUUAUACUCCAAAUUAAACCCAAAAAUUCUCCAUAAUGAGUCUUUGUGGAAAGCUGGAAAAGGAUGUGCCAAUUAGAGCUUCGGCUUCAAAGUUUCAUGAAAUGUUUCACAAGAAGCCUCAUCAUAUCUGCAAUUGCUCUACUGACAAAAUACACGGCGUCGAACUACAAGAAGGGGAAUGGGGCCAAGUUGGCUCCAUCAUUUGCUGGAAAUAUUUUCACGAGGGUAAACAUAAAAUAGCAAAGGAGAUCGUUGAACACGUUGACGAAGAAAACAACUCAAUCACUUUCAAAGUAAUUGAAGGAGACCUUACUGAACACUACAAGGAUUUUAGGUUUACAAUCAAAUGUAUUCCAAAGGAGAAGGGAAGUGUGAUUCAUUGGGUCCUAGAAUAUGAGAAGUUGCAUGACAAGAUUCCAGAUUCACAUACUUUGCUGCAGUUUUGUGUUGACGUCUCUAAAGACAUCGAUAAACAACUUUCUGCAAAUUGAUGAACCCUAGCUAGCUAGCUAGUCAUGUUGCUGUGACAUGACAUACAAGAUUUCAGUACUCAUCAUUUCUCAGGUGUGUGUUGUUCGUUAUAUAUAAAUAAUUUGGCUCUUUACUAUGCUAAAAUUGCCAAUUCUCUAUGUUUAUGUUUUAAUAAUUUAAAUAUAUAAAGUCGUGUACGUGUGCUAUGUUUUGGAUCUUCUGUUUUAUGUGCUGUAAUGAUAAUAUCCUACUCUUUGGAAUGAAUGUGAAAUAUAGAAUAAUAUAAGCAAUUUCUA